AGUCACACAGUGAGACAUUUUUGCUACGUGUCAAAUCGCUUCCAUGCAUGAAGACAACGCAUACACCACUUCAACUUGUUGACCGCCCUUUAUCUUUGUUUAUCCUUUUAUUCGGUGCUGUAGCACACUGUGCGUGAAACUGUGAGAAGAGGCGGGUGACGAUGAAUAGUAAAAUUACAGAGAGAGCUUGACGUACUUGCCGAAAAGAGACGACCAUUUGAAAAAGACCAAUGGCUGCAGAAGAGGCCAACUCCAGUACUAGUCUACUUGAUCCAGUAGUAGUUGACGAUAUUGAAGAAGAUAGAGAAAGCUUUGAUAACGGUGCUACUAGUUCGAGACCAAAAGAGCCAUGGAAAGGAGAGUAUGCCAAGAGCAUUCUGUAUGCUGGUCUUGAUGCCAUUGUCACUUGCUUCUCUCUAAUCUCUUCCAUCUCCGCCAGCCGUCUAACUUCCGCGGAUGUGCUGGUGCUAGGAUUUGCAAAUCUGGUGGCAGAUGGGAUAUCUAUGGGAGUUGGAGAUUUUUUGUCCAGCAGCGGUGAAAAGGAUGUUGCCGCCAAAGAAAUGGCGGUGACGGAAUGGGAUGUCACAAAUCACGGCAGCCUUGAGAAGAUGGAGUUGCUCCAAAAGUAUCAAGCACUUGGGAUGGACGUUGAUGAUGCCGCCAAGGUUGUUAGCAUUUUUGCCAAGUACAAUGACAUCUUGGUGCACGAGAAAAUGAUGGCUCAUGGAAGGCUACCGCCAGAAGAAGCAGAAAAGCCAUGGAAGAACGGCCUUGUAACAUUUGCUGCCUUCCUUGUCUUUGGCACUGCUCCUCUCCUGUCUUUUAUUGUCCUCAUCCCAUUUACGAACAGUGACUUGGUUAAGUUUGUUGGUGCUUGUAUCCUCUCUGCGCUUGCACUCACGCUUCUUGGGAUUGCAAAGGCCAAGAUUGCAGGCCAGAACUAUGCUUUCUCUGUGGUAGUGACUCUCUUCAAUGGUGCUGCCGCCGCAGCUGCCGCUUAUGCCGUUGGAUGGACACUGAAAAAUAUAGCUGGCCUAGACGGUUGAAGACUAGGGGCAACAAGAAGACAGCUUAGUUUUACAAUUUUUGAGUCCUUACCAGGGCUACGAAUGUAUAUUUAUGCUACAUUUACGGUCAUCGACCAGGGCCUGAACUACUUUCUUUUUUUGCAAAACUAAUAUAUUUUUUUCUUUUCUUGAAUGCUUAACUAUUAAGAGCCUCGCAAAAUUGAAGA